GACUUUGUUAGGGACCCUAGAAUAAAUUUCGUUCCUUUCCAGACUUUCGCGUCGUGAUCGAAACACGUGGCUCGAAAAUAUUUCGCUGAAUUAAACGAUUAAUACUGAUCUAUUCACAAUGCCCUUGGCAAGAGAUUUGUUGCACCCAUCGCCAGCAGAGGAGAAGAGGAAACACAAGCUAAAGAGGCUGGUACAAAAGCCCAACAGUUACUUUAUGGACGUAAAGUGCCCUGGCUGUUAUGCUAUUAAAACCAUCUUCUCGCACGCCCAGCGGCCAGUAGAAUGCGACGGAUGCCGCACGAUACUCUGCACGCCCACCGGUGGCAAAGCUCGCCUCACAGAAGGAUGCUCCUUCAGAAAGAAGGUUCAAUGCUAAUACUUGAUAUCAACUCUCUUUAUAUUCGGUAAAUAAAAAAAUGUAAAACUAUUUAUGUCAUCGUUUGUUGUAUCAAGACGCUCCAGCCUCCCCAUCUACAAUCCUUGUAUUUUUAAUCGUAAUUUACAAAUUUGUAGAUACGUUUUAUUACAGAAUGUAAAGAAAUA